UUUUUGAUUCAAAGGAUUCGAAUCACGGAGAUGAAUCAGAACCCCGACUACCAGACCGGAGCUUCUUCGAUUACGUUACGGGGAAUAUGUAGCGCUGACUGCACACAGCUGUGCUCGGUGCAAGGCAUCUGACAUUUCCGGAAGCUGCGAUCUCUCUCCAUUGGCUGGAGUCGGCGGAUCCCCCAGCAAACCCUCCUCUCAAAAAGGCCAGACUUCAAAUGAUGUUUUAAAGUCCGUCUGCGUUCCUCGCUCCUGCGCCCGUCUCUUUCUUUUUCGUCCUUCCUCCAAGAACCUGCUAGAUUUCACCUCCUGUACGACAAAAAGGCGCAGAGGAAAAGUGAAAGGCAGGCGCUGCGUGCUCUUCAUCUCUGUCUCAGUGAGUGCUACACAUGGCUUCCUCGCUCCUGACCCGCCAGCUGGCCAUCUCCCUUCAGCAAAACCUGCGUCUCGCCGCUCCAGGUUCCAGAUAUGUCAGCAAAACUGCCACAAAGACAGUUUCGGAGUUUGAAUACGAUGCCCCAUCCAUGAAAACCGCCGUGCCAGGUCCAAAGUCCCAGGAACUGCUGAGACAGCUCGGAGAGAUUCAGAACGUUGGAGCGGUUCAUUUCUUCUGCAACUAUGAGGAGAGCAGGGGGAACUACCUGGUGGACGUGGACGGCAACCGAAUGCUGGACGUGUACACGCAAAUCUCCUCCAUUCCCAUCGGUUACAAUCAUCCAGCAUUAAUAAAAGUGAUGACCAAUCCAAAUAACGUGAGUGCGUUCGUCAACCGGCCGGCUCUUGGUAUUCUGCCUCCUGAGAACUUUCCGGACAAACUGAUCGAGAGCCUGCUGUCGAUUGCUCCCAGCGGGAUGACGCGAGUGCAAACCAUGGCCUGUGGUUCCUGCUCCAAUGAGAACGCUUUCAAGACAAUCUUUAUCUGGUACAGAAAUAAGGAGAGAGGAUUCGCCAACCCCUCGGAGCAUGAAGUCAGCUCUUGCAUGAUCAACCAGAGUCCUGGAUGCCCAGAUUUGAGCAUCUUGUCUUUUAUGGGAGCUUUCCAUGGGAGAACUUUGGGUUGCCUGGCUACAACACAUUCCAAAGUCAUUCACAAACUGGACAUACCGUCCUUCGACUGGCCCAUCGCACCCUUCCCCAAGCUGCAGUACCCUCUGGAGGAGUUUGUGAGGGAGAACGCCCAGGAAGAGGCCCGCUGCCUGGAGGAGGUUGAGGAUCUGAUCGUGAAGUGGAGGCAGAAGGGCAAACCGGUGGCCGGGAUUGUGAUCGAGCCCAUCCAGGCGGAGGGAGGGGACAACCACGCUUCACCGGACUUCUUCAUCAAACUCCGAAAUAUUGCACGCAAGCAUGGCUGUGCUUUCCACGUGGAUGAGGUGCAGACAGGUGGAGGAACAACAGGCAAGUUCUGGGCCCACGAGCACUGGGGCCUGGACGACCCUGCUGACGUUGUCUCCUUCAGUAAGAAGCUGCUGACAGGAGGAUACUACCAAAGGGAUGAAAUGCAAGCAGACAAACCCUACAGAAUCUUCAACACGUGGAUGGGAGACCCCUCAAAGAAUCUGUUCUUAUCGGAGGUGCUUAAUGUGAUCCGAAGAGAGAACCUCCUGGAGGAGGUGACGCGCUCUGGGAAGGCUCUCCUGCAGGGCCUUCACGCACUACAGACCCAGUACCCUCAUAUCCUGAGCGGAGCCCGCGGCCAGGGUACGUUCUGUGCCAUAGACGCCUGCAACGAUGCCACGCGCGACACUAUCAUGACUAAAGCCAGGAACAAGGGUCUGUUUAUGGGUUCCUGUGGAGAAAAGACCAUCCGUUUCCGUCCCGCUUUGGUCUUCAAGGAGUACCACGUCCAUCAGCUGCUGAACAUCCUGAACGACGUCCUGGCUGAGCAUAAAUAGAGUUCUGGUUGCCAGGUUGGCCUUGAUUAUAGAGCAUAUAGGGGCCAAAGCCCACUCAAGGGUUUAUACCAGCCUGUCACAAUUAAUCGGUCACCGUCUCUCUCUCUCGUUUCAUUCGCUCUCUUCCUGUCAUAACUAAUUAAGAAAGAUAGAAAUCUGUUUUCUAUCUCUUUUUAUUUAGCAGACAGAUAUUGCCCCAUCACCAUAUUCUCAUCUUUUACUGACACUGAACAGACCGGAGAUCUGAAGGAGUUUGCAGGAAAUAACCCUCUCAAAUGACACUCAAAUAAAUCUCUCACAACUUUGUUUGUGGCCCGUAAGGUCUUACAAGCAGCAAUAUAGUGACCACAGAGACAGGAUUUCGCAAUAUUACGUAUACCCUUUUUUGUCAAAUAAAAAAAGCCCUUAGCAUUUGGAAAGCAACAUAAAAAGAUAAUUUAAAAAGAUAAGCACCAAAGCUAUCGUCUGGUUGAUUAUAUCGUUCGUGGAGAUAAAAUCAAACUAUUUUAGUAUCUAUAGAGAAAUGGCUGUAUUUGAAAUGUCUUAAAUGGGAAAUUUUUGCAUGACGGCAGACUGAAUUCAGAGAGUACCUGAACAGUCCUCUCUGAAUUAAAAGCAUGUGUGAAAGGCCGAUCGUGGAAGCAGCAUUGGCCUCGUUGCAUUCUGAAACACUGUCAACGGAAAGCUGGAAAAAGUGAAAGUGCAGAGAACUGUAGAGCCUCUAUUCCCAUUUUAAUAAGAAGCCUGUUGAGAUGAAAACCUUCAAGCAAUCAGCCAGUUCCUUUUAUUAAGGUGGCCGCUCCGCCGUGUCAUAAAGAACCAUUGUCACGACUGACACGAGGCCUCCCGUUCGAAACGCGAGCAUAAUUUCAUCCAGAACAAACUUUUAAAGCACAACCUGGUGUGGUUACGUGAGGGCUGAUGUUUUCUACAAUCUUACAGAACCAAUGCGGAGAACGAAAGGCCAUAAAUCUGUAUUUUUUUUCCAAAGCCAAACAAUAGGCGUCCAUCAGGAAGCAUUGACAAGCACAAGCUUGAGGUGAACAUGAUCCCCCUCGUGUUUCUCAUUACAGGUAUACUGUUCCGCCGGAUAACAACUGCAAAGUCAUCUUCAAUUAAUGGUUAUCACAGCCUGUAAAGGUUUAUGAUGUUUGGGGUGAUUCUCCUCUUCCCAUUGCUCCAAGCCGACAGAGUAAAUGUCCCUUCAGCUUUAUUAAAGCUAACAGUCUUUUCCUUUUGUAAACACUUAAACCCCAGUACGUACUUGCUGUAGUCAGAUUAUGCAAUGCUCAUCGUGUAAGUUUUGUUCGUGAACACUAAAAUGUUUCCAGCCGCAUUGGACUCGAGUUUGUUAUUUAACUGACGUUAACAAAUCAAAUCAUGCAUAGGAAAUCUAAUGGCGUGUUAUUCUUUCGUGAUAUUGUGUCCCAUAUGUUAGUGUAUUGUAGAAAUGUAAUUCAUGUUGUUUUGGAUGCCUUUUAAACUUUUUUUUUUUUUUUUUAAAUGUGGACAGGCAGCGCGGGCAGCAGCGAGUCGAGAAAGCCGUCCGUCUGUAUUCGGCUAAGUCAGUAUUUAAUUGAGAUGUGUAUUAUUGAUACAGACACUAACAAUUCUAUUAAAAGAUGCAGAUGUUUACAGUCGUGUAGUACAAAUAGAAAAAUUACCGUCGUCAUUUCUACAUAAAAUCUAAAUGUUGUCUGAUGAAGCUAUAAUAAAUCUGUUCAAAUAAAUCUGACAUUUUGAUUAA